CAAUUUUCUGAGGUCUCGAACGUGCAGGAAACGUGCAGGGAAUAUCAUCAUUGCAAACUUCCCUGUAUCAAUCAACCACGUUGUCAACCCAAAAGGGAAUGUAAAAUAAAAUGGAGACUUGGAUCUGGAACCUCAAAGAGUGUUUUGUACAGCGAAUCUGUAGCCUUGGAUCGUGAGGGAAAUCUUCAUUUUCUGAACAUAAGAAAAUCUGACGGGUAUAAAAAUUACACUUGUGGAAUUUGGAAUGAAAGGAUCAAUGUGUUAAAAAUGAUCAGCAAUACAUAUCUCCAGGUAAAUGAGUCUUCAAAAGGCAUUUCCCCAGAGGCAGUUUAUCAACGUGGCGACAAAGUUUUCGUUGGAGAAAAUGCUACCCUUGUCUGUAUUUUUUCUGGAAACCCUGUUCCAAAAAUUGCAUGGCGGAACAAAAACGGAACCUAUAUACAUGUAACAACAAACGACAAAUAUAUGGUGGGUCAAUAUGGACGACGGCUUCAAAUCAUAAACGUAACAUUUGCUGAUGAGGGUGUCUAUGAAUGUAAAACCAACAGCAACCUUAUUCAAAAUCCAUUCCUCAAUGUCACAUCCCCUCCGCUUUUUCCUGAUGUCGGUAAGCGUUUCAUGACAAAAAUACUUCAGAAUUCGACAACAGUGUCCAUUGUUCUCCAAUGCAACGCAAUGUCCGCAACAGCCGAAGUUGAUCCCAUUGUAAUCAAAUGGAUGAAAAAUGGAGAGAUCCUAAAUGAAGAUGUUAGAAAGCAGCUUUCAGGGGACAAAACGACUCUUCAUAUUUACAACAUAAUUUCAGACGAUUAUGGUUGUUACACAUGUGUGAUAGAAAACAGUGAAGGAAUUGCAGUGGCAAAUUUUUUACUCCCUUACGAGGAUUUUCAUUUGUGUAUGAUAGGUAACCACCAAUUCCGUGAAAAUUUACCCACCGCGAAAUCUAAUGAUUCCACGGUACAUUCGAAUCGAAACUUUCACGAACUGAACAGGGAAGAUACUAGUAAUGGCUUUACAUCAAAGUACAAUAUCUUAGGAUUCAAGAUGGAGAGCCUUGUGAUAAGUCUCAUUUUCCUUUGUGUGAGGGACAGAACCCUUUUCUGCAAAGGAGCAGAACGUAUUAAUUCGCCUCCUAUUAUAACAUCAGAGUUUAAUCCGGAAUAUUUUGUACCGAUCUUUCAUUCCACUCCAUUAUCCUUGUUUUGCGAAGGCAAGAACAACGUACACAGGUAUCAGUGGUAUAAAAAUUAUUCAAAGAUUGUGGAAAAUGGUCGAGUUUCCUGUAAUUCGUCAACUGGUUAAAUCGUUUUCAGAAAUUUAGAAAAAGAGGACUUUGGUGUAUAUUAUUGUACGGCAGAAAAUAAAAUUUUGGAAUUUCAGUCUUACUGCUUUUUCAAUUAUCGGAAGCAGAUCUUGAACAAUUUUCUGCAGUAUCGAACGUGCAAGAAACAUGCAAGGAAUAUCAUCAUUGCAAACUUUCCUUUCUCAAUCAAUCACGUUGUCAACCCAAAACAGAAUGUCUGAUAGAAUGGAAGCUUGGAUAUGGAACCUCAAAAAGUGUAUUGUACAGCGAAUCUGUGAGGGUAGCCUUGGA